AUGGAGCGCCUCUACAGGGGUUCUUUUCUGCUCAUGUCACAACAUAAAACUAUCAGAUGGUUAGAGGAAGGCCAUGGAGGCGCACGACAGUUAGUCUCAUACAAGGGGAAACCGCCAAAUGAAGUCCACUCUGCAACCGUAACGGAACAAGCUGAACCACUUUGCCAGAGAGAGAGAGAGAGAGAAAAAAAAAGACGCUCUGUAAAUGCUCACCGUCCCUCUCCAGCGCAGAGGCACUCAGAGACCGGCUGUUUUACGCGCACCGCAACUGCAGCUUUGCAAAGACUGAAACUUUUCCCGACUGUUGUUUGCGUGACAAGAACUGAGCUUCCAUCGAGGAACUGAGGGAAAGAUUAAAAAUAUAAUAUCAUUAUUUUAUUCCGCUUUACAAAACAGUGAGGAUGCCUCGGCCGGGGAGAAACACUUACAGCGACCAGAAGCCUCCCUACUCCUAUAUCUCACUGACCGCCAUGGCAAUCCAGAGCUGCCCAGAGAAGAUGCUGCCUCUCAGUGAAAUUUACAAGUUCAUCAUGGAUAGGUUCCCUUACUACAGGGAGAACACGCAGCGGUGGCAGAACUCUCUGCGGCACAAUCUAUCAUUCAAUGACUGUUUUAUCAAAAUCCCCCGGCGCCCGGACCAGCCGGGCAAGGGCAGCUUCUGGGCUCUGCACCCAAACUGCGGGGACAUGUUCGAAAAUGGAAGUUUUCUGAGGCGUCGCAAAAGGUUCAAGGUGUUGCCAGCUUCAGACCACCUAGGCCCCACCAAGCAGUCAGAUGCCGCGCAUUACCUCCAGCAGCAAGCCAAGCUGAGGCUGAGCGCACUGGCGGCCACCGGCACGCACCUUCCCCAGAUGUCAACCUACAACCUUGGAGUUUCCCAAUCGUCCACCUUCAAGCACCCGUUCGCCAUAGAGAACAUCAUCGCCCGGGAGUACAAGGUCCCCGGCAGCCUGGCGUUCUCCACCAUGCAGUCUAUGUCCGCCGGGUACCCGCUGCACAAUCAGCUUACGACGGCCUGGCCCCACAUGUACAACAGCAGCGUGAUCGACACGGCGGCCCCCAUCUCCAUGACGAGCAGCGACUACAGCGCGUACGGUGUACCCAUAAAGACGCUGUGUCACGGGGGACAGUCCUUACCGGCCAUCCCAGUGCCGAUCAAGCCCACCCCGACCUCCAUGACGGGCUUUUCGGCGUUACCUCCUCACAUCCCCGCAUUCCUAUCAAACUCUCCACAGUCUCUGAGCCCGACCUCCCCACAGACAGCAACGAGCCAAAGCAGCCCGGCGACCCCGAGCGAAACUCUGACGGGCCCCUCCACGCUGCAGUCCGUGGCCGUGCACUGACUUUCCCAGGCCCCCCUACUCCCCUUCUUACCAAACCCAAAGUUUAUAUUUUCUGCAGUCGGAAACUAUCAAGGCGAGUGGAGGUUAUAUAUUGAUUUAUUUGUGUGUAUAUAUGUCGAAUGUGUCGCUUUAAAUCGUGUCAAGUCCAGCACAGAAACGCACACGAAGUAUUGCUCUUGAACAUAUAAAUUAUUUGAUAGUUCUAUUUUUCAGUUUGUUGUGAUAUUAAAGUGUUGAUGGUGGGGGGCCCAAUAAGGUGAUCAGGGGGCUUGCCUUUUUUUUUUUUUUUUUUUGGCAAGAACUCGGUUGGAACUUUUGCACCGUUUCUGUGGGACCACCAUAAUCUCAAUAAUGAUACAAAAACAUCUCCUUUUUGUUUACUUUUAACUCUAAAUUUGUGGUUAAAGGUUUUGCCAAAUAGGAGUAGUAUUUAGAUCUGUUCUUUCACCUCUCACACCAUCCCUGGGGGGGAAAAAGGCAAAAAGCUGAAAGACAUUGUGUUGUCAUCAAAAAGCCAGAUGUGAACGUUUGUUGUAAAAUGCACUUUUUUUUAGUUGUAUGUUUUAGAUAUCUAUUUUACAGGAAAAAAAAAUGUUCUGUGAAGCAUUUAAUUUAAAAGCCGUGGUGACCAUGUUUAUCAGAUGCUGUAAAAUUUGUAAUUUUUUUUUUAAGGUGAAGCAUGCGUUCCUGAUUUUGUAUUGUUCCUGUUGUUGUUGUCAUUGUUGUUUUUUUCCCCACCUUUUCGUUUCACUCCUGUUUUUUCUCUCUCCUCUAUUUCAAAAAAUUUAUUUCAAGCAUGCCUGCUUUGGAAAAGUGUGCAAACAGUCUGCGAUAAACGGGAGGAAAAAAUGGUCAUCCAAAUAUUUUUUCAUUAAAAGUGAAAUAAGCAAUCCAAAGUGUUUCCGAAGUUUUCAAGAAAUUCUUAUGACUUUAAGAAAUUAUGCUUAUGAUUAUAUCAUAGAUUAUGAUUAUUAUCGCAAAUUAUAAUUAUAAUAAAUACUAAUUUCUAUAAUUUAGAAAGCCAUUUUUACCAUUUACAUAAUAUUAUUAAUAAUCAUGUUAAUAAGUGGGAGAAAAGGGAAGCAUUAAGUUCAGAAAUGAUUCUGCAGUCGAUUAGGAUGCAGGGAGCUGAGACGCCUUACUCACAGUGCAGACAACUAACCUCAUUCAUCAAGCCGAGCUAAACACUGCUGGGUCUGACAAUAAACAAUUAAAAGACUCACACACAGCAUGCAAAUUGAUAUUUAUUUAUAAGAUAAUAUCAAUGAUAGGGAUUUUAUAUUUGGAAUAAUGCAUUUCUCUCUCUUUGGCAUUUUUAUCUAUUUUAUUUUUCUUGUUCGGGAAAUAAAACUCAACAGGUUAGCAGAUAUAAAGUCAACAAUAUCACAAAUUCUUACAUUUAAAUAUUUAAACCUGAUUUUUGCAUCCUCUUAAAUUAUUAUUGUUUUUAAAAGAAGAACAAAUGGUUUGAGUAUUAAACAAAUACACUAGAAUUCCGUCACUUUUUUUGCAAUCCAAAUCAAAUAAAGGGUCUCUGGCCACUUCAUUCACCUUCAUUCACUUGUAUUGAAAGUGCAAAGAAUGGUAAACUUCGACUGGGCCACCAAUGUAGAUUUAGCCUUUUUUUUUUUCAGCAAGACAAAAAGACAGAUUUUUUUUCUUCUUUCACAAAAACAUUGCUGACUGGGGAACUAGGAAACGAGCUGCCGAGACUCUUUUGGAAUUUAAAUCCACCCCUCCCCCGUAGACUGUUUGUACAACAGUGUUAGUUCUUUUUUUUACUUUUUCUUCUUCUUAAACCCCCUCCUUCACUUUGUGCAUUUGUGUUUGUAACAUUAUUUCUGACUCUGGAGAAGUCAGCUCCGACGUUACGAUUUUACAGGAUAGUGAUAUAUUUUUAGGUAAAUCAUUUCAUAUCCCUACAGCAUAUCAAAAUACAUUAAAAAAAUAAAAAACAAGAAACUC